AUGGAGUCUGUCUGGUUGUCUCAUUUCCCUGGAAGUUGUAUUAGUUUGCUCUUUCAUGAAGCUGGGGUAGAAAUAUGGAGAAAAAAAAAAUCACUGCAUAAAAAAUUGUCCCUUUGUUUGAAGGUUCAAGCUCAAGUGCGACAUGCCAAACUCAACUUUGACAAACUGAAGACUGAUGUCUGUCAAAAAGUGGAUCUCUUGGGAGCAAGCAGAUGCAACCUCCUUUCUCAUGUGUUAACAACAUAUCAGACAACACUUCUUCAUUUUUGGGAAAAAACUUCACACACAAUGGCAGCCAUCCAUGAAAGUUUCAAAGGUUAUCAGCCGUAUGAAUUUACUAUGUUAAAGAGCUUACAAGAUCCUGUGAAUAAACUAACAGAAAAAGCAGAAAAGGAGGACCUGGAGAUUGAGAGCACCAAAUCAGUACAAGAUCAGCACAGUCAGUUGAUUUCAUUAGAUGAGGAGAGCCAUGCCAAGGAAUCAAACUAUUCAGGUGCCAUAGAUCACUUGUUAGACCUGCAACCUGAAGAAAAUGCUUCAAAGGAUCAGUUUGUGAGGUCCCUGGAAUCAGAACCUGGUGAUAAGGAUGACAUGGUAUUACUGAAUGAGAUCCUCAACGCUUCCUCCCUGGAUGAGGGGGAAUUCAGCAAAGAGUGGACAGCUGUUUUUGGACAGGUUGCACUUGCAGAUCUCACCAUGAACUCUUCGGCUGGAGAUAUGGAGAGCACUUCAUCAUCGGUGGCACCAACACCAUCAGGCUACUUGCCCUCACAGCUGUUAGACCAAAACAUGAAUGACUUGCAGUCGUCUUUACAUGGAUGGGCAGCCAACAGCGUGAGCCCCCUGUCUAUACCACAGCCAGCACAGAAACCAAACAGCCUGAAUGUGAAUGCUAACAAGACGCCUGUGAAAGAACCUAUGAAGAAUCCUAAAGACUUGACUGCCUGGUUCAGUCUCUUUGCUGACCUUGACCCAUUGUCCAAUCCUGAUGCUGUUGGGAAAACUGAUAAGGAACAUGAAUUGCUUAAUGCAUGAGUCAGCUGCCUAUGGUAACUCAUAUUCUUCUCUUCGUCAACACUAUUUUGGGGUUUAAAAAAUAAAAACUAAAUGGAAAUUAGUAUGCUGUUGUGAAACUAUAAAGUAUGUGCCAUGAUAAUAAAACUAAAAUGAAUUAAUCCCCUUUUAUAUAGGUACAGUUAUUUGCUCGUUUUGUAUAAAGAGUUUGCAUUUAUUUUCUACGUGGAUUUACAAAAAUGAGGUUAAGAAUUAGGGCAGAUUUCUCGCCAAAUUAGAUUAUCUGCUGAAACACUGUCUUUGCCUAAGGUGAUGCGGAGCUAACACUGGAGUGAAAUACAAAUUGCAAACCUAUUUUUUUAUAAUGUUUCUUGAGUAAAUUUUAAAAAAAUCAUGUAACUGAGGAAUCUGCAUGAUUCAAACAUCUAUCAUGUAUAUAAUAAUAUACCUGCUACGUUAAGACGUCAACUAAAUUUUUGUUAUUACUCAUAGUGAAAAACCUGUGCUGGGGCUAAUUAUUGAAGAAAUAUAUUUCGGUCUGUGCAGCCAUGGAAAUUGUGCCCUUUCUGAUUUAACUUAUUAGACAAACUGUACUACAUAAGCAGAAGUCAUGCCCAGCAGGCUUCUUUUCUGAGGUUUUUCUCCAUUGCACCAACAGAAUUUGUGCCUGUUUGCAGAAGUUUCUUGCAAUUGAUGCUUUACCAUGCCUUCACAACAUUCAUGUUUCUGUUUGCAGUACUUUUCAUCCAGUUUAUUUCUGAAGCAUGUGUUGUUUUGAGCUUGUUGUGACAUUAAUUCUUCAAUAAAAUGUUUUUGACAAAAA